UUCUUUUCCGUUUCCCUUCCGUUUAGGUCGUCAAGGGACCGGCCAGUCUGUGAUAUGUCAUGAGAAUGAUAUGUCGCUCCUUUGUAAUCGCUUCAGAACGUCCUGGCACGGUGUCCUCGUCCUGCCAAGUUUCUCUAUCAUAGGUCCAAACAGCAUUAACAGUAUCACUGUUUAUAAUUGUCUUCAUCCUCAGAGAAGAAAAUAGCUGAGUAACGAAAGCAUGCUAGUCAUAUAACUCGGCACUCGCGUUCUGCUUUCUUCUCUACUCCGCGUAGCAUCCCCCUUUUCGCGUUGGUUUCGCUCACUCGCUCUUUGGCGUCGCGAGGGCAGUGCGCGGGAGCACGAGGUCACCCCUGACGUUUUACUGGACUUUUCUCGCUGCAGGAGUUCAAGCUGGCUCUAGCGACACGAGAAGGACAACAUCAAAUGAAGAAACAGCUAUAAUCUAUGCCACAGCAUUGCUGGAAAAAAAAAAAAUCGCAGAGGAAGGCUAACAAAUCCUCUUGCAAGUAGACCGACGUGAAGUACCCUACCGGGAUGCUCUGCACUUGUAACAUGAUAUGAAAAGGUCUUCUUGUUAUUUUGGGGGUUUCCGCAUAUAGGGGUGUUGUUUUUAUUUGUGUACUUUUUGCUACACUAUUUGAACGUGUUUAACACAGAGGGAGAGGGGGAGAAAAUUAAAAGCGUUCGGACGUCAAGGUCUUUUUCUGAAGAUGAGAGGUCUGAAGGUGGUUCCAUCGCACUUGUACUAUGUGUUUUUCCUCUUCAUGUGGAUUAUACAAAGCACGACGGUGGUUGACGUGUCUGGAUCGCAUCAAGGCAUUCCUCUGUCAGUUGUGAAGCUGUGGGCUUCAGCAUUUGGAGGAGAGAUGAAGUCUAUUGCAGCUAAGUACUCUGGAUCUCAGCUUCUACAGAAGAAAUACAAAGAAUUUGAACGUUCAGUAAGGGUGGUGGAAAUUGAUGGAAUUAAACUGGUGAAGAAACUGGCAGACAACAUGGAGGAAAUGUUUCGUAAGAAAGCAGAGGCCAUGAAGAGGUUGGUCGAGGCAGCGGAAGAGGCCCACCUGCAGCAUGAAGAAGACCCCAACUUGCAGUAUGAAUACUUUAAUGCUGUGCUCAUAAAUGAGCUGGACCAGGAAGGGAACAACGUGGAACUCGGUGGAGAGUUCAUCCUGCAACCUAACGAACAUUUCAACAAUCUGUCAGUUAACCUCAGCCUCAGUGUGGUCCAGGUGCCCACCAACAUGUACAACAAAGACUCAGCGAUAGUGAAUGGGGUAUACUGGUCAGAGGCCUUGAAUAAGGUCUUUGUGGACAACUUUGAGAGAGACCCAUCCCUCAUAUGGCAGUACUUUGGCAGUGCUAAGGGCUUCUUCAGACAGUACCCAGGUAUAAAGUGGACGCCAGAUGAACAUGGAGUUAUAGCAUUUGACUGCAGAAACAGAAAAUGGUACAUACAGGCGGCCACGUCACCUAAAGAUGUGGUGAUUCUAUUGGACGUAAGUGGCAGUAUGAAAGGUCUCAGGCUGACUAUUGCCAAGCAAACAGUCUCUUCCAUAUUGGACACGCUGGGUGAUGAUGACUUCUUUAACAUUAUUGCUUACAAUGAGGAGCUUCACUACGUGGAGACCUGCCUCAACACAACUCUGGUACAAGCGGACAUCACCAACAAAGAUCAUUUCCGUGAACACCUUGACAAGCUACAAGCAAGGGGCAUAGGGAUGCUGGAUGUGGCUCUGACCGAGGCCUUUGAGCUACUCAGCGACUUUAAUCAGACAGGUCGAGGCAGCACAUGCAGUCAAGCCAUCAUGCUAGUGACGGACGGCGCUGUGGACACAUAUGAUGCCGUCUUUGCCAAAUACAACUGGCCUGACAGAAAGGUCCGUAUAUUCCCUUACCUGAUUGGGCGGGAGUCUGCCUUUGCUGAUAAUCUGAAAUGGAUGGCAUGCGCUAACAAAGGAUAUUUUACCCAAAUCUCCACCUUAGCUGAUGUUCAGGAAAAUGUGAUGGAGUACCUGCAUGUGCUCAGCAGACCCAAGGUGAUUGAUCAGGAACAUGAUGUAGUUUGGACUGAAGCCUACAUCGAUAACACACUUCCUCAGGCUCAAAAGAUGGAAGACAAACAGAGCCCUGUGACCACUGUGGCAAUGCCUGUCUUCAGCACAAAGAAUGAGACUAAGAACAGGGGCAUUCUACUUGGCGUAGUCGGCACGGAUGUCCCAGUAUCUGAGCUCUUGAAGACUUUACCCAAAUACAAGCUGGGCAUCCAUGGCUAUGCAUUUGCUAUUACCAACAAUGGCUAUGUCUUGACCCAUCCGGACCUGCGACCUUUGUAUGAAGAAGGAAAAAAGAGAAAGAAGCCCAACUAUAGCAGUGUGGAUCUGUCUGAGGUUGAAUGGGAGGACAAGGAGGAUGUGUUACGUAAUGCAAUGGUGAACAGAAAGACUGGAACCUUCUCUAUGGAAGUCACUAAGGCUGUUGACAAAGGGAAGCGUGUCCUUCUUCUGCAUAAUGAUUACUACUACACAGACAUCAAGGGAACUCCUUUCAGCUUAGGUGUAGCCUUGUCAAGGGGGCAUGGUAAAUAUUUCUUCAGGGGGAGUGUCACUGUGGAGGAAGGACUACAUGACUUGGAACAUCCGGAUGUGGCACUUGCAGAUGAAUGGACGUACUGUAACACAGACGAGUACCUUGAACAUCAUGACUUAUCUCAGAUUGAGGCUAUCAAGCACUACUUUGUCAGAGCAGAACCACACCUCAAGUGUGACAAAGAGUUGAUUCAUGAGGUCCUUUUUGAUGCUGUGGUAACUGCACCGAUAGAAGCAUACUGGACCAGCCUGGUUCUCAACAAAUCAGAGAACUCGGAUAAAGGCGUGGAGAUAGCUUACCUGGGCACGCGGACUGGCCUGUCUCGUAUUAAUUUAUUUGUGGUGCCGGACCAACUAAGCAACCAAGACUUCCUGACAGCAGAGGAUAAAGAGGGCGUGUUCAAUGCUGAUCACUUCCCCCUGUGGUACAAGAGAGCGGCGGAGCAGGUGCCGGGAACCUUCGUUUACUCGCUUCCGUUCAAUGCAGGUUCGGAGAAUAAGAGUGUAGUGCUGGCCAGCACUGCCAUUCAGUUACUAGAUGAGAGAAAGUCACCCAUCGCCGCAGCUGUGGGAAUACAGAUGAAGCUGGAUUUCUUUCAGAGAAAGUUCUGGACUGCCAGCAGGCAGUGUGCUGCAGUUGAUGGGAAAUGCUCCAUCAGCUGUGACGAUGAUGAUAUAAAUUGUUACCUCAUAGACAACAAUGGUUUUAUCCUAGUGGCUGAAGACCCCUCCUUGACGGCCAUGUUCUUUGGCGAGGUGGAAGGGGCUGUCAUGAGUAAGCUUCUGUCCAUGAGUUCUUUUAAAAGGGUGACUCUAUAUGACUAUCAGGCCAUCUGCAGGACCUACGCAGAGAGAAGUGACAGUUCAAACAGUCUAUUAGACCCCUACUUUGCCCUCUUCGCGACCGCCAAGUGGCUGCUGACUGAGCUUAUCAUAUUACUGGUGGAAUUUAACCUGUACAGCUGGUGGCAAUCUGAUUUUACCGCUAAGGCUGAGAAACUGUUUCCAACUAUGUUGGUUCCAUGUGAUAUCGAAUAUCCAGCGUUCAUCUCAGAGCGAACCAUUAAGGAAACGACAGGCAACAUUGACUGUGAAGACUGCACCAAAUCGUUCGUCAUUCAGCAAAUUCCCAGCAGUAAUCUCUUCAUGGUGGUGGUGGACAACAAGUGUAGUUGCGUGAAUUUUAAACCUGUUACCAUGGAUCCUAUUGAAAUCAUGUAUAAUGAAUCUCUGAAGUGUGAGCGUUUGAAGUUGCAGAAGGACAGGAGGCGUCCAGAUACCUGCCACCCUUUCCACCCUGAGGAAAACUCUAUGGAAUGUGGACGAGCAUUGGAUUUGACUCCGUCACUAAUGGCAGUGUUCUUUGCUCUGUUAACUGCACUGUUUCCCAGGUGACGAGAACUGGCUCCACCUUUUGCCCCUGGCUUAGCUUGGGCUGUUUCGACUUGACAUGCAAAGCGAUGAAAUAAACAACCCUUGAUUCUGAACAAAAUAUGUAAACAUUGUCCCCAAAAUAAUAAUAAUAAUAAACAAAAAAAAUCACCAGGGAAAUGAUGCAGUCCCGUGGAGAUGUCAGAAUCACUUUUCCCCUCUCAUACUUUGAAGCUGUUGGCAUUUUUCAUGGGCAUGAAUAGAAAUCGAUCAGCUAAGUGAAAAUAAUGAUGACUGUAUGAUGAGUAUAACUGUCGUGUCUGUUAAUCAUGAGUUUUAGAGAAAUUAAUUAAUUAAUUAACUAAUAAAUGAGUAAAAUACUGAUUAAAGAUAUGUCAAUAUUAUACAUAAAUUUAUAAAAAGAACAGAAGGUUUUAUUUAUAAUUUGCAAGUGGUAACCAUACAACUGUGAUAAUGGACUAUUAAGUCUACAAAUUUGAGUGGUUAUUCUCUAUGAGCUUUGCCUUAUAAUGAGAGAAGUUACUUCUGUUUGUGUACUUUUUAAAUAAAAUGAUCUGUAAAAUAUUGUGAAA